AUCCCAUGCUUGUUGAUGUGUGCUUCAGUACACGUUCCUCUCUCAUCACUUCAGUUACAUCAUGGCCAAAGACAAAUCCUUGAAAUCAGAAACUCCUAAAAGGAAAAAGUUGUGCUCAAAUGACAGUGAAGCUCAUGUGGAGGAAAUGAAGGAGAGCAAAGAGAAAAAGAAGAGAAAACGGAUGGAUGUAGAGGAGGCUCCAGCUCAGAUCCCUCAAGGAACUAUUGAUGUGGAUGUUAAAAAAACGAAAAAGGACAAGAAACGCAAAAAGAAACAAAUGACAGAGCAAACUGAGAUUUCAGAUCCACCCAGUCUCCAUGCAGGGAAACAGGAGACGGAGGGAGUGGAGGGAGAGGAGGACUUGAGCCCCGAGGAGCGGCGGGUCAUGGAGAGGAAGAUGAAGAAGAUCCUGAAAAAGGAGGAGAAGAAGAGGCUUAAAGAUGAGGGGAAGACUGAGGCAAAAGCUGAGACGCCUGUAUCCACUGCAUCUCAGCAGGCCUUAGAUUACCUCACCUGCUGGGCUACAAAUCGCACAGAGUGGAAGUUCCAGAAGACCAGGCAGACGUGGUUACUGCAGCACAUGUUUGACUCUGAAACAGUUCCAGAUGAGAAGUUCUCCAUAUUGCUUGAGUACCUGGAGGGGCUCCGUGGAGCAGCGAAGGACACCACAGUGCAGAAGGCCUUAGCCCUAGUCCAAGAGUCAGGACAAGCCCCAGAGGACAAAAUUGUCCAGCAGAGGGCGCACAGAGCCAGAGAAGUUAUCCAGCUGCUCUCCUGAUCUUCCACUACGCAUCCAGCAGAAAAAGACUGAACCAUCAGUGGACUUAAAGUUUGUCCUGAUCUCAGCCUUGGACUUAAAUAGUUGUCUUAUAUGUUUUAUUUCGGAUCAGUCCAUUAGGGAUAGGAGGGGUUUUGAUGAUAUCACCAGAGUUGGACAUGUAUUUUGUAUGUACAUGUCUCUGUAGCUAAACAAUUAUUGUGUGUACUGUUGCAGUCUUGCCCCCCCCCCCCCAAAAAAAACCUCCCAAAACAUAUAAAGUAUUACAUUUUACAAGUUGCAAUUCUUUGACAAGUUACACCUGCAGCACAGGGGUGUUUAUGAAGCACAAUAUUUGACUUUCUUUACUUUCUCUGACUCCAAAUAUUAAGUAAUCAGAAGACAUUGUCCAGUUUCACCAGUAUGGAGAGGAGAGAUAUAACUCCCCACAGAUGAAACAGAAAGGAGAGAGACUGUUGGAGUUAAAAGUCUCAGGAAUGUUUGUACUCUAGACAUGUUUGUGCACGUCAAGGCCCAUCACC